AGGCAUUUCACGGUGUUAGCGGUCGGCACACCCAGCUGUGAAACCCUCAGCUCCAUCUUUGGCUCUAUCCUGAGCCUCCACCUGCGGAGGAUGCCGUUCAGCCCGGCCGUGGUCAGGAGUGGUCCAGCUGUGGUCAAAGCGGCUGUAACCCUCCAUGACAGGGUGCUCCGGCACUUCCUCCCCACCUCUGUGAAGUUUCACUAUCUCUUCAACCUGUGGGAUCUCUCUCAGCUGUUCCAGGGUCUCCUGUUCUCCAGGCCAGAGUGUGUUAGCCGGGGCGCAGAUCUGAUUCGACUCUGGAUCCAUGAAUCCAGAAGAGUUUAUUCAGAUCGCUUUUCUGAGGCAUCUGACCUUCAGCUGUUUCACAGGCUGCAGGCGGACAUCACGCGACAGGCCUCUGAGGAAAUAGAGGAAGAGGCAGUGUUGCAGGAGCCGCUUAUAUACCUGCACAGCAGUAUGGGCUCCUCAGAACCUUCUUACAAGCCCGUAGCUGGAUGGGAGCAGCUCAGCUGUAUCCUCAAGGAGGCUUUGGACAGCUACAACGAGCUCCACUCUGCCAUGAACCUGGUGCUGUUCCAGGAAGCCAUGCAGCACGUGUGUCGGAUCAGCCGCAUCCUGGCAUGUCCUAGAGGCCAUGCCCUGCUCGUAGGCGUGGGGGGCAGUGGCAAACAAAGCCUGACCCGCCUCGCCGCCCACUUCUCCAACAUGGAUGUGUUCCAGCCCACCCUCAGCAAGGACUACAGCAUACAGGACCUAAAGGUGAAUAUAGCCGGGCUGUACUUGAAGACAGGGGUGAGAAACAUCCCCACAAUCCUGCUCCUCACAGACGCUCAGAUCCCAGAGGACCGUUUCCUCGUCAUCAUCAGCACCCUGAUCUCAUCAGGUGAUAUCCCUGAUCUGUUGAGUGAAGAGGAGGUGGACGGUGUUAGAAAAGCUGUGAGGAGCGAGGUGCGGGAACUGGGUCUGCUGGACAACAAUGACAACUGCUGGAGCUUUUUUAUGAAUCGAGUGCGACAACAGCUGAAGGUCGUGCUCUGCAUGUCUCCAGUAGGUAAUAGCUUGCGUCUACGUGCCCGGCGUUUCCCGGCUCUGUUGAACUGCACCACUCUGGACUGGUUCCAGGAAUGGCCCCCGGAGGCCCUUCAGUCUGUCAGCUUGAAGUUCCUGCAGGACAUCCCAAGUAUUCAGCCGGCCGUUAGGGAAUCCAUCAGUCUUUUCAUGGCCCACGCUCACGAGAGCGUCAAGCGGGUUAGCGAGCGUUACUGCCGCAAUGAGAGGAGGCACAACUACAGCACGCCCAAGAGCUUCCUGGAGCAGCUGAGGCUUUACGAGAGUCUGCUGGGAAAGAGAGAGAGGGAGCUGCAUCUGAGACACGGCAGGCUUCAGUGUGGCCUUCAGAAACUCAAGACCACAGCCUCUCAG